UCUCCGACGACCAGGUACGCCACGCUCAUCGAUCAGGGAUGACAGACAACAGGUCGCCAUGACAAUGUAUCUAUCUCACACCGAAUCUCCCAACAGGUCGCGGGCGAGCUCCGCAAGAUGACAGCCUUCAUCCGCCAAGAAGCGCUCGAGAAAGCGCGCGAAAUCCAGCUCAAAGCCGACGAGGAGUUCGCCAUCGAAAAAUCCAAGCUCGUCCGCCAAGAGACCGCCGCCAUCGACACCCUGUACGAGAAGAAGUUCAAGCAAGCGUCCAUGUCGCAACAGAUCACGCGCUCCACGCUCGCCAACCGCACCCGGCUCCGUGUGCUCUCCUCGCGCCAGGAACUGCUCGAUGACCUCUUCCAGCAGGCCCGUGAUAGCAUCUCCGGCAUUGCGACCAAGGACGCGAAGAAGUACCAGGCUGUGUUGAAGGGGUUGAUCUUGGAGGGGCUGUACGCUCUGAAUGAGAGCAAGGUUGUGGUUCGCGCGCGGACGAAGGAUAAUGAUGCUGUGAAGGAGGCGAUUGGUGAGGCCGAGAAGGAGUUCAAUGAGGUUGUGGGUAAGGAGGUCGAGGUGGAGGUGGAUGAGGAGGAGCCGUUGCCGGAGGGAUCUGCCGGUGGUGUGGUCAUUCUCGGCGGCCAGGGCAAGAUCGAGAUCAACAACACCUUCGAAGAGCGGCUGCGGUUGCUGGAAAUCAGCGCCCUCCCGGCCGUCAGGGAGACGCUGUUCGGGAAGAACGAGAACAGAAAGUUCUACAACUAGAUAUAUGCCUGUUAUUCAGAUACCUGUUCUCGGAUUUCCGAUUUGUUGCGUCUUCCUAUCUAUGUAACUUGAUUGAUGCUGCGCCUUACGCCCGUUUUGUUCAGAGAACACCAUAGCCCUGUGUACAGUCCUAUAUACGUCUUUAUCAUCAUGCUCCUCACUUUC